AAGGUAUUCAUCUUUGAGAAUCUCAUCGAACCAUUAGAUUGCAACGAUUAAAAUAUAUGCCAUCUCGCGGGUAUCUGGAAAAAAUGCAUAUUCACGUCGUAACUUUCAAAUCGAUUGACGCAAGCGAGUUUUAAUCGAUAUAUAAUCGUAAGUUUGAACGUCACGAAUCGAUCGACGAUUCGUCCUUGCGAGUUGUAACAGUUUUCAUUCCCCGCCAAAAAGGGCGACGUCAGAAGGAAGGAAAAAGUAAGGGAUAGUGAAAUAAAUCGAAUAAGUGAACGACAGACGAAGAUGAAGCAUACGUUAGGGGUCGAGGGAAAAGGGCAACAGAUGUCCUUCCGUAUGACGCAUGACUCGUUUAACCCUCGGAGAAAUAGUACCGUUUGCGUCUCUCUGCCUUGCGGAAGCACUGCGUGUUACAAAACGAAGCUAACCUCGUCGUUGGAGAACGCUUGUUCGAAACCGGUUAUCGAGACGAAUGAUCGAAGAAUGAUGCUCAACCUCCAAAAUUCGACGGAUUUGAAAGAUUCGGUUGGUCUUCGUUGAAAGAAGGGAAGCAAAAUGUGCGAAAUAGUGAAGGGUCAACGCAGAGCGUUUCGCGACCAAGAUCCACCGCGAAUACGCGACAGAAGCGAGGAAAAUGUGAAAACCGAAAUUGAAUUCUCGAAAUCAACGCCGAAUUUACCGAUAAUCGCUCGAGGAGCAUCCAGUUUCGAGAAGUGUUCCAGCGAACCGGAAUUUUUAAAAAAAGACCGGGAAAAUCGAAAGAUGGAACGAGGAGAUUUGUCCAGCCAGGGGAGCACCUCGUCUGAUUCGAUUCGAGUUUCGGACAACGUGAAGGUAGUCGAGACUGUCGAUCAGCCUGAUGCUCCGAAUCGCAUGAGCAGCGAGCAUUUUCUCAAAGAACUCGCCGACAAAGUGCCUUCGUCGGGACGCCAUGAUAACGAGGUGAUCACUAACGGUGUGAAGAACGAAACGGACAGCUGUGACGGCUUAACGAACGGCAAGAAGAUGGCACCAGUGCUGGGUGUUCCACCUCCUCCCCCACCUGCCCCUCACAUGGGACCGGACGGUUUGAUCUUGCCCAGAAAACCGUACAACCCUUACCUCACCUCGAGCAAUCACAAAGAUCUUCGCAGAGAGUUGUUGUUCAAUCAGAAAGUAGGGAAGAACGUGCUGAAUCAGAAGAGCGAGCUGCAACGAGCACUCGAGAAGCAAAGGGAGGCCGCGUCCAGGCGAGAGGCUGAAAAGAAUCGAGAGGAGAAUUAUAAAGACGAUCCGAGAACGGCGUUGCAAAGAGCCAUCGAGCAAAGAGCGAAGCACAUUGAGAUGACAUUGGAACAGUCGCAACCACCCAGCGAGCCAGCGAGCAAUCUGUUGGCGACGGCGAGAGCGAAGCUGAGACCGCGCACAGAUUCUCAGUGAAUUGUACAAACGAAGGAGAUACGAAGAAAAAAAAAGAAAAGACGCAAAUAAGAUCGAUCGUGAAACGCGUAUGAGUAAUACCGUCGUGCGGGAGAGCAACGAUCGAAGCGUUGCGUCGCGACGCGGAGCUUUAUUGCGUUUUCUUACUUCACCCUGUACAUAUAUAUACGUAAUCUGAUAAGAGCUCGUUAGAAAGAGAAGAAGAUUAUACAAUAACUCGUCGCCGUAGAUGGAAACAUUGUAGAGAGAUCUGUCAAGUAAUGGAAAUGGAAAAAGAAUCUUGUCUGUCGAUAGAUAUCAUCUAGGGGCGUAUCUUUACCCUUUCGCUUUAAGCCUACUUGGAUGAGUCAUUCGAUGAAACAUACCGAAUAAUUGAAAUUAAUUUUUCUGUAAAUCAUCCUGACUUUUGUUUUCAAUUCGAACAUGGCAGGUGUGGGUUAUUUGGAAGAAAGGAACUUCAACCCUUUAAUUCUCAACAUUUUAAUUUUCUUUGAUCUACACUUGUUUGUGUUAAACCUUCGAUACAUGGUUGUAUCUUGUAGAGUGUUAGGUUUAAAAAAAUAGCGAAAGGGUUGAAGGUGGUACGCCUCGGAACUCGCGCGUCUUUCGUGUCAAAGUAGACGAUUGCCUUACUCUUCCAAAGUCGUCGCACGUGUACACGGGACGAUUCGUCGACUCGUUUUUAUAAAUGACAUUAGUGUUGUUAGAUAGUCUAGUUGUAAUGUUGUCGUCCACGAUUCGCGUGGAGCCAAUAUUCGUGCGUGUGCUCGAACAUGGCCUUUUUCAAAUGGUAAUUCUAGGAAUCCUCGGCUCUAAACAUUGUCCGUCUGUGACAACAAGUUUUAUUAAGGCCAUAGAUAUUCUUCGACCAACAUCUAUCGUGCCUACGCGAGUGUACAAUAUUUGAUACGAUAUUACGGUACACCGCGUCCUCGUUAUACUUCGUUUAUUCAACAAAGAAUGAACUGUCGAGGCUCGUGACAGACAGGCCUUCGUGAAACGCCUUCGAUGAAAACCUAGCUUAUCUAAUCAUCGACUCCUUUCAACAUCUUGUUACGUAAUAGAACUGUUUCACGGUAGAAACGAAUACCGGUAUUUAAUUAAUAAUUAACCCAGAAAUAGGAUGGAAAAGAAUGAGAUUCCGAGAAAAAUAAGAUAUAUAUAUAUAUAUAUAAAACGUAUAAGUGUCCUCCAUGGUUAUCAUCGUGCCUGAAUUUGUAUACAAAGACUAGACCUAAAUAAUACCAAGUACAGAUCAUUUUCUCACAAUAGAUUGAAUCGGUAGAAUCGGGUACCCUGGGACCAUUAAACUCUGUAACGACUAGCGACUGAACAGAGAGACGAGUUCGAUAGGUUGAUGUAGCAGCAUUUAUUAUAUUCCAGUGUUCAAUAAUUCAGGAGAAAAUAAAACAUCAGUUGUUAUAUCGUACUGUUUCAAUCGAUAUACUUGUAGGAACAUGAUUGUUAAUUCCAAUUUAAGCGAUGUUCUUGUCAAUGGUGAUGCAUUAACCUUCUUGCUGCGGUGUUUAAUCUGUAGAUGUUCUUAAGAGAAAUUUCCACAGCGAAAGGGUUAAUUAGGUAUACACUGAAUUCUAUUGCUUCCUUAAGGUAACAAAUGUAAUCACGAUAUUCGAAGAUUAAUCGUAACGUACAAUUAUAUGAAACAGUGAGAUAACUGAUUAGCAAGUUGAGAUACUGGCACUGACCAGUGGAAACCAACCGUAAUAUUUUAGACUGUCAUUGGUACAAUUAAAGUAUCAAAUAUAUUUUAUUCGACAUCGAAAAUAUUUCUCUCCUCUUUUUUUUUUUUUUUAUUUUCACCAACUCAGGAUAUAAUUCAGGAUGUUACGAUACUUGUGCUGAUCAAGGAAAAAUAAUGAAUAAAGUAUUGUUAGGUGAUGCAAUUAAAUAUCGCGUUAUCAAUCAGUAACAUUUAUCGUUAAUGUGAUUUUACACAAACCAACUUGUACAUUCCCAGACAGAGAGUAUUGGUGAGAGUAUAUGUAACAUGGAUUAAAAAUAAUAGACAUUUUAGUAAUCGUC